UGUGAGGUGGGAGUGAGGAUGAAGUCUAACAAAUACAAAGCUCCACACACCACUGAGACAGAGUUCGGAGGAGCAACAGGUGCUGCAGGUCUGAUUUUGCUCCUCCCCCUCACGGUGCUCUACCUGUUGAGUGUGUGUGCGUCUGAAGAUGGCACUGUGCUCUGCUGCCCCCCACUGCCCCCCCUUUCCCACCUGUAUGACCUCCGGGCCGUCUUCAUCAUCACUGUGUGGAUCAGCACACACAUUCUGCUCUACCUGCUGCCCAUGGGCAAGGUGUCUGAGGGUCUGGUGCUCAGGGAUGGAAACAGACUGAAAUAUCCAAUAAACGGGUUCCAUGCACUGUGUGUGACGGGUGUGUUGGUGUGUGUAUGUGUGUGUGUGGGCGUACCCCUGGCUCUUUUGUAUGAGUUGAUGGUGCCAUUAGCAGUGUGUGCGAUGGCCGUGGCAUUUCUGCUCUCACUUGGACUUUACACUCACUCACUCUGUGCUCCUGCACACACACUCGCACUCGGAGGAAACACAGGCUACGCUGUGUAUGAUUUCUUCAUUGGACGGGAGUUAAACCCUCGCAUCGGCUCCUUCGAUCUGAAAUAUUUCUGUGAGCUGCGGCCGGGGUUAAUUGGCUGGGUGGUGCUGAAUGUGGUGAUGUUGCUGAAGGAGGUGGAGCUCAGAGGAUCUCCAUCAGUGUCAAUGCUGCUGGUGAAUGCUUUCCAACUGCUCUAUGUCACUGACGCUCUGUGGAACGAAGAGGCAGUGUUAAGCACCAUGGACAUUGUACAUGAUGGAUUCGGCUUCAUGUUGGCUUUUGGUGAUUUGGUUUGGGUUCCGUUCACAUACAGUCUGCAGGCAGCCUUCCUUGUGUCACAUCCUCAUACACUCACUCCCUUCAAUGCCCUUUCCAUCUUUCUGCUGAACGGAAUCGGAUAUUACAUCUUCCGCAAGUCCAACUCUGAGAAGAACCAGUUCAGGAGAGACCCAACACACCCCAGUGUCCGGCAUUUAAAGACAAUCGCCACGGCAACAGGGAAGCGGUUGUUAGUGUCGGGAUGGUGGGGGUUCGUCAGACACCCUAAUUAUCUCGGAGACAUUCUGAUGGCACUUGCGUGGUCUCUGCCCUGUGGGUUCUCCCACAUCCUGCCCUACUUCUACGUGAUGUACUUCAGCGUGUUGUUGGUGCACAGAGAAGCGCGAGACGAGCGUCAGUGCAGAGCAAAGUACGGAUCUGCCUGGGAGGCGUACUGCAGCCAAGUGCCCUACAGGAUCAUCCCCUACAUCUACUGAGCUCAUCAUACACUCUCUAUUAGGCCAGAACACCUGUCUGUGUGUGUGUGUGUGUGUGUGUGUGUGUGUGUGAGAGAGAGAGUGAUCGCUCCGUCCCGAGUCUGAUGUCUGACAUUAUCACACAGAAAAUUAACAACAGAAAUGUACUUUCAGACAAAUUAUUAUUCUCACACACACACACACACACACACAGAGCUGUGUGUCAGGAGGAAACUGUGCUCAGUGGUUCACAGGAGUCUCUGAAACACAACUCAGGGAUUUACAACAAUAAACGAAUGGCAACUGA